AUGGCGGACGGCGGCUUCAGCAUGGGGGUGUCGUACGACAGGCCCCUCGAGGAGAUCAUCAAGUCGAAGACGCCCAAGUCGGCUGCCAAGGCGAACAACGCCCAGCCUGCUGGCAAGAAGAAGGGUGGCAAGAAGGGCAACGGCGGCUCGGGCAUGGACAUUGACCAGCCGCAGAAGGCGAAGAAGGCCCAGGCCGCGGCCAACGUGACCGCGAAGCAGGCCGCCAACCGCAAGGCCAAGCUGGCGUCGAAGCGCGGGCAAGCGGAGGCCGCGGAGGCCGCGAAGAAGAAGCGCGCGGGCAUCAAGGUGAUCCCGGUGAAGAAGGUGGCCCCCGCGAAGGCCGUGCGUCCCGGGAAGAAGGGCGUGGUCGCGGUGGCCCAGCCGAGGGCCGCGCCCGCCGCGCCCAAGGUGAACAAGAUCAACGUCAACGGUCCGAAGGGCACGCAGGUCCGCGCGACGCCGGACGGCAAGGGCGGCGUGAACAUCAACAUCACCGUCAACGGGCAGAGCGUCGCGCGCGGGCAGAGCGCGCCGGGGCAGGCCGGGCGCGCGGGCGCCGCGAUCGUGGCGGCGAUGGGCGCGCGUAACCGCGCCCCCCCGCCCGCGCCGAAGCCCGCGGCGGUGCCCAAGGCGGCGCGCAACAUGAAGAUCACCAUCAAGAACGAGCUGGCCGUGGCGGGGAAGACGCGGAGCCCCGGCGGGGGCGGCCUCGGCGCGCGCGGGGGCGUGGCGGGCAAGGCGCGGAGGAAGCCCGGCGCGGUGACGGUGACGCGGCCCGCCCCGGGCGGCAAGAUGAGCCUCAGCGACCGCGUCGGGGGGCUCAAGGGCCGGCGGAACUGA